CCUUCUUCACAGUCCUGGUUUGAGUGCAGUCUGAGCAGGGCUCCAUUUUGUCCUUCUCCUGCUGUUCUACACGGUUUAUUCCAUGCUUCAGUAAAAUGUUGAUCCAGGUUAACUAUGGUGAGGUGCAAAAAUAUGUGAAGUUGGAUGAGGUUGAAGGGCAGUUUGACUUUCAUCAGUUCCAUGAGAAAGUCAUUGAAAGAUUUUGCCUGCCACCUGAUGCCAAAGUUACAUACAAGGAUGCAACAGAUACUGAAGUUGAUGAAGAAAUAUUCAGUGACCUCAUUAGACAAGGCAGUGUUGUACUGAAGGUUUUCUGCCAUGAUGAGUUCUCUGAAUGUUCAUCUGCUUCUGAGUCUGACUCAAGCUUCAGCUCAAAUGCAUCAACAUUAGCAAUACAAAUGGAUGAGAUCCCAUGCAAGAAGCAAAAAACUGAGAAUGCAGUGUCUGCUAAAAAGCGGGUUGAAGGUGUCCUUCAAAGCAAGUCUGGGGGUGUAGAAGUUUUGCAGGAGUAUAAAACAACAGAAACUCUAAGUGAUGCCACAAGAAGACAAAUGGUGAACAUACUGGUGGCUGACAUGAUUGAUAAACAUGGGCACCUUCCUGCUAAAGCAAUCAGAGAGGAGUAUGCCCUUGGGAUAGUGACACUCUUCCCAUCCCUCAAAGAUCCAUACACCAAAAAAGGCUAUGAGCACUUUUAUGAUGCAGCAAGCAGCACAGGAUACAUUUCAUGGCGUCUUAAAACAGUCCAAAGGAAGAUUCAAAGAGGAUCUCUCAUGCCACCAAGUAGCUCUAAAGACAUUUCAUGUGGAGGCCCAAAUAUCCAAAGAAAUGUGGUUGUUGAAAGACAGCUUGAUGGGGAUGCCUGCCAGGAAGCCAUAUCUCUGCUUAACCACACCACAGACAGGUCCCUGAUCCUUCAGAAGAUGAGAGAGACUUUUGAGCACCGUCACAAACUUAUUAGAGAUGCCAGCGGAAGAACUGAUAUUCUGACAAUGUUCCCCAGGUUCCUGGACACAAAAGGAUUGAUUGAUCAAGACUUCAGCCUUCUGUUUAAUGAAGAAACCUCCUCCAGACUGCUGCAGAAGUGGGAUGUGUUCUUCAAACCAAAUGUCAUCAAGGAGGCUAAGCGUCUCCCUUCAACACCUGAGUUGAGAAGUUUGGUGCAGUCAGCAGAAAUCCCUCAAGGAGAUGACCAGGAUAAGACAUCUACCUAUGACCAAGAAAUGGCCUCCUUGUUACUGCUCCUACAUCUCCUUCCACCACCACCUGGAGGACAGAAGUUUCCAAAAAUCAGUGCCUGUGAUGCAGUUGAGAGACUUGUUGUCUUUCAUAAGUCAUGCUGCAGUUUUGAGGAACAUCUCCAGGGCCAACGGGGUCUGCAGCCAUACCUCCUUGCUGUUGGGCGUCAGAAGAGCAAGAUUGAUAGCUUCUACAUAGUCAUGGAUAAGUGCCUCAUCCCGUGCCAGGCAAACCGCUCUCUAGGAGCAUUUGAUGAGCUGUUCAAAGCACAUUUUGUGUUUAAUGUCUCUUAUGAUGCUGCAUUAAUGAAUUUUUAUACAUUUCUGCAGACAACAGUCUAUAACACUGAUGUUGGCAAAAUGAAGGAAUCACCCAGAGUUAGGGACUUGAGAGCAAGGCUGCUUAAUCAGCCCCUUGUGCUCUCCUGUGAGUAAGUCAGGCUAAAAAAUGUUGAC